AUGUCUUUUGAACAAUCGAGAGUUUACACUACCAGUGUUCUUCCGGGAGAUGCAACUGACAGCUCGCAGCUGUCGGAGGUCGAGGAGCAGCUGCGCAAGUUCAUUCUGUCGUUCUAUAUCAACAACCUGUACAUUUACCGUGAGCAGCUGCGGGAGAGUGUCCUAACGCGCCGGUACCUUUUGGAGGUCAAUAUGGGGCACGUACUGUUGUAUAAUGAGGAUCUGGGUCAGCGCAUUGUGGAGGAGCCGGCGGAAAUCCUGCCGCUGUUUGAGGCUGCAGCCAAGGACGUGGCCAAGCGUAUUGCGUUUACUAGCGAGGACGAGCAACAGGAAACCAUCAUCCCCAGUAUCCAGGUUGUUUUGAGCUCGGAUGCAAACCCACUGUCUAUCCGUGACCUCACUGCUCGUCACAUUUCCAAGCUUGUGCGUAUCCCUGGCAUUGUCAUUAGCGCUUCUUCGCUAUCUUCAAAGGCAACCGUUGUCCAGCUCAUGUGCCGCAACUGCCGUCAUCUUUUGCGUCACGACGUGAGUGGUGGCUUUUCCGGUCUCCAGCUGCCCAGAAAAUGCCAGGGUGCGCCUAUCAGCGGUGCUGAUCGGAAUGACUGUCCUCCGGACCCCUACGUUGUUGUUCAUGACAAGUCGCAGUUCAUUGACCAGCAGGUUCUGAAACUUCAAGAGUCGCCUGAAAUGGUGCCGGUAGGUGAAAUGCCGCGUCAUGUUUUGUUAACAGUCGACCGUAACCUAUGCAACCGGGCCGUGCCGGGCUCAAGAUGUACAGUGCUCGGUAUCUAUUCCAUUUAUCAAAACAAGGUGAAGGCCGGUGGUGCAGUAGCCAUCAGGAACCCGUAUAUCCGUGUUGUAGGUAUUUCGGUCACUGGAGGUGAAGAAGAACGGAACAAUGCCCGCUUUACCGAGGAAGAGGAGGAAGAGUUUUUGGAGAUGUCUCGUACGCCUGAUUUGUAUGAAAAGUUUGCGGCAAGUAUUGCCCCCAGCAUCUAUGGCCAUUCUGACGUCAAAAAGUCGAUUGCUUGCUUGCUGGUUGGUGGAUCUCGCCGGUUACUACCUGAUGCAACCAGACUGAGAGGAGAUAUUAACGUUUUGCUGCUUGGUGACCCAGGUACUGCCAAGUCGCAGUUGCUGAAAUUCGUGGAAAAAGUUGCGCCAAUUGCAAUUUACACGUCUGGUAAGGGCUCGUCUGCUGCCGGUUUGACUGCGUCUGUCCAGCGCGAUGCUGCCACAUCCGAAUUCUAUUUGGAGGGUGGUGCAAUGGUGCUUGCCGACGGCGGUGUGGUUUGUAUUGAUGAGUUUGACAAAAUGCGUGACGAAGAUCGUGUUGCCAUCCAUGAGGCCAUGGAGCAGCAAACUAUUUCAAUUGCCAAGGCUGGCAUUACCACCGUACUUAACUCACGGACCAGCGUGCUUGCUGCCGCCAAUCCUAUUUUUGGACGUUACGACGACAUGAAAACCCCUGGCGAGAACAUUGACUUUCAGACUACGAUUUUGUCGCGUUUCGAUAUGAUCUACAUUAUCCGCGAUGAACACAACGAGGACUACGACCAAUCUGUGGCCAAGCACGUGAUGAACACACACAUCCACGGCUCUAGAGCUGUUGUCGAGGUCGAAGGAGAGAUCCCGCUGGAAAAAAUGAAGCGAUACGUGCGGUACUGCCGGGCCAAAUGUGCACCCCGCCUCUCUCCAGAGGCAGCCGAGCGUCUGGUAUCUCAUUUUGUUGAAAUCCGCAAGAGCGUGCACGACCGCGAGAUCCACACCAACGAACGCUCAUCCGUGCCCAUCACUGUACGUCAGCUGGAGGCCAUGGUCCGCGUUGCUGAGUCCAUCGCAAAGCUCCAUCUCGCGCCCCUUGCCACUGAAGAGCAUGUCGACGAAGCCAUCCGGCUGUUCUAUGCGUCCACCAUGAACGCGAUUGGCCAAGAUAGCAACAGCCGCAAAGUUUCCGAGGACGUUCACAAAAUCGAGGCCGAGCUCAAGCGACGACUCCCCGUGGGGUACAGCACAUCUUACAAUACGCUACUACGGGAGUUUGUGCAGGGCCACCACCAGUUCUCCAAGUUCGCUCUGGAUACUACACUACAUGUGCUUGAACGGCGCGACAUAAUCCAAUUCAGGCACCAGCGCCAAAACGUCUUCCGCUCAGCUCCUUAA